CUUUUUGUCAUUUUCAAAUUUCCCGCCAUUCCGUCCCCCGUACGUCCUGACGUCGCAGGGAACGGAACCCAGAUGACAGAUGCCGGCAUCCGCUGGAGGACAUUACAGGGGACACUGCAGGAGGGACAUCGCGGGAGCGCAGGACAAGGCAAGUCAAGAGGAGAUCCUGGAGCAGCGCCACAUGGUAAGCCCAAGUGUAGCUCGGGGUUACCGCUUGUGGUGCUGAAACUUACUCCGAGCUACACUCGGGAAUACCGCCAGGGGGGUUAACAUGCAUUUUGUUGGGGGUUUU